GCCGCCGCCGCCGCCCUCCCGGCCGCUCGGCUCCCGCCCCUCCUGCGCGGCGCUCCGGGACCAUGGCCGACCCUCGCGUGCGGCAGAUCAAGAUCAAGACCGGCGUGGUGAAGCGAUUGGUCAAAGAAAAAGUGAUGUAUGAAAAAGAAGCAAAACAACAAGAAGAAAAGAUUGAAAAAAUGAGAGCUGAAGAUGGUGAAAAUUAUGCCAUUAAAAAGCAGGCGGAGAUCCUGCAGGAGUCCCGCAUGAUGAUCCCGGAUUGCCAGCGCAGGCUGGAAGCCGCCUACGCCGACCUUCAGCAGAUACUAGAAAGUGAAAAAGACUUGGAAGAAGCCGAGGAAUACAAGGAGGCCCGGCUAGUCCUGGACUCGGUGAAGCUGGAAGCCUGAAACCUGUCUGCGCAGGCUGCUUUUCGCGCUAAAGCCUGGGGCCCACUCUGCAGUUCGUUACUGACCACUGCUCUGUUCAGUGUGGUUGUUCUUAUGCAGUUACAUUUAUUUUUCUUUGCCUAAUUUAGUGCAUCAAUGAGUUUAUCUAAUAAGCUUGUUUAUUUCAGAUUUUAUAAAUAUUUUAAUUAACCUGUUAUCAUUCAAUUGCAUAGACAUUUUUGACAAAAAUAAAAUCUGUUAGAUUCUGUUUGAAGUCUAGCUAUUUUCCUUCAGAAACAUGAAUUGAGUUAAAAUAGGAUAAUACCACCACCCCCCCUAUUAUUUUAUUUUAUUUUUUUUUUAGUAAAAAUCUAAAUCGUGCAGCUGGCACUGUGGCUCACUAGGUUAAAGCCUUGGCCUGCAGUACCAGCAUCCCAUGUGGGCGCCGGUUCAAGUCCCUGCUGUUCCACUUCCAAUCCAGCUCCCUGCUGAUGCACCUGGGAAAGCAGUAGAAGAUGGCCCAAGUGCUUGGGCCCCUGCACCCACGUGGGAGACCCAAAAGAAGCUCCGGGCUCCUGGCUUGGGCCUGGCCCAGUCCUAGCUCUUGUGGCCAUUUGGUGGGUGAACCAGUGAGUGGAAGAUCUCUCUGUAAUUCUGCCUUUCAAAUAAAUAAAUAUUCAAAAAAUUAAA